CAACAGCUGCAACAGCAUGGCAAAACUGACUGGCCUUUGUUUGCUUCUCUUGUUGGCAGGUCAAGUACCAGCCCUGACAGCAACCCCGGAGGGACUGAGGGUUAGACAGUACCCUCCCUCACUCAGUGUGAUGCGGGGUGAAACGGCAACCCUGUCCUGUCAUUUCAAAGUUGAAUCCCUCAAGUACGGGGUUCAGUGGUUCAAAAUGAAGUCGGACAAGCAGCUCAUCCCAAAGUCAUCCAGGCAGUGGGUUGUGGAGAAGAAUCAAACGUCUUCCCUGGUGAUCUCUGAGGUAACACUGGAGGAUUCUGGGUGGUAUUACUGUGAGGUGAACGUCCUGCAGAAAGACCCAGAGUGGGGCAACGGCACCGAGCUGGUCGUCUUGGCACCUCCGUCAGCUCCCAAGAUUUACCUCCAAACUCCCUCCAACCCACAGACUGGUCAGUGGGCUCUCUUCUGUCUCACCGGGGGAUUCCACCCCAGCGAGCUCACCCUCACCUGGACCUACCAGAGCGAAGCAGCCAAUAUCGAUCACCUGUCAGUCACCAAUUGCACCCUUCCUGUGUUUAACCCCCAUGGUUACCUGUCUAAACCCCAGGCUGAAAGAGCCCUGCUGUCCUCAGAUUGGUUGUUGGACUUCAUGCCGACGAGUCACCCAAAGUGUUUCCAGGUGAUGGACAACCACAGCCGGAAAGCGUAUCUCUUCAGUGUGUUUCUCCUGCCAGAGAAGGAGUCCUUGAAAGCAGGGAUCACCUUCACUUGUGGGGUGCAGGACCACCCUGCCAUGACCACAGCUCUGACUGCCUCCUUCACUUGGGAUGCCUCCCCUAACGAGCUGAUUGUGCACUUGAACAUUCUCAAGAUGUGUUUCCUCUCUGCAAUGACCGCUGUCUUUUUAUUGGAAGCAGUCAAACAUUUCUGCAUGCAGGGAAAAUGAUGUCCGCCAUGAAGUACAAAUUGAAAUAGGAGAGAAAACAAAAAAGGGACCGCCGGGUGUUCAGUGCGGCUGAUCUCAGCAGGCCAACCUUUGACAAACAACAUCACACAAACCACGUUCAGAGUCAUCGCUGAAAAAUGAGAAUUAA